ACUUAAGCAAAAGACCAAAAGGAAAACAAACAUAUUACUUUAUGGCAUUAAUGAACAAUUGGCCAAUAAAAGUACUUCUUGAUGAAGGAGCAAGUGGAAACAUGAUAGGUCAAGACAUUGCAAUAGAAUGGAACUUAUUACAAUAUUUGGACAAAGAUAACAGAACAAAAGCAGUAUUACUAGAAGGAAAAACAAUCUCAAACCUAGGAGAAGUAAAAGCAACAAUCCAAAUAGAAGAUAUUCAAGCACAAAUCAAAGUAACUAUUAUCAAAGGAGAACAACCUUACCUUCUCUUAUCAGAAGUAGAUCAAGCAAAAUUACAUAUCACUAAAGAUAGACAGAAUAAGAUAGCCUUAAUCAAUAACAAGCCUAUAAGCUACCAAGAAAUGGGAUCAGACACAGGUUAUAGGUAUACCCCCUUAAAAGUGAGAAAAAACAUCUUGAUGGUGCCCAACGUGUUUGGUAAAACAGUAACCCACACAUGUACCCAGAUGGCUAACCAACCUAAUAAGACUAAACAAAAUAACCAACAAUCGAAAAAUGCAGAAGAAAAAAAAAUACUUCUAAAGAAACAAGUUGAAAGAAAUCAACAGAGAAUAAAAUUAGUAGGUGUAACAUGCAAUGGAAAUUGGGUAGAUAUAGUCAGAACAGCUCUAGCAACAGACUCCAACUUAUUACAAAUAUUCUUAGAAUAUAAAGAACCUAAAGCUGCAGAUAAGAAUCGGUCAGACAUAAUCGAUAAUAUCAAUGAAAUAUUAAAAGAACUAGUUCAACAACAAUUAGAAAUAGGUAUAUUGUUAGAAAACUCAGCAAGCAAUAAUUGCUAUGGUGCAACAAUACCAGACCUCAUGGAUAUUGUAAAUAUGGGUAGAGGCAAAAGAAUCGAUGAAUAUCGAAAUAUAUACAAUAUGUAUGGUUAUAAAAUAAUAGUAACACAUGUGAACAAUAGUUCACCAGAAGUGAUAUUCGGUAAAGAAAUGGACAAGCAUGCACAUAUAAUGGAUACAGCAGCAAAAAUACCUAUAGAAGUCUAUCAGAUGAUAGCAGGGCAUAAAGAGGUCUAUGCCAUGAUAUUGGAAACUCCCAAUAAUGAAAUAACACAACAAAUUGCACAAAUUCAUAAAAAACAAUACAAGAAGAAUGUUCCAAAAAAAAGGGAUCAAGAAUUAGAACAAAAUAUAGAAAAUUAUGAAGAAAUUAAUGAAAAACCAAUUAAUAAAGCACAACAAAAAUUGAAUGAACAAUUAAUUGUAAAUGUGCAAGAAGAAAUCAAAAUGUUUAAAGAAACCAAUGGAAUAGUUCUCAAAAACAAGAAAGGGAAACAAAAAGCAAUUCAAGAAACCAUACCAGACACUCCUAGAAUAGGAAGAUUUGUGAAAGAAAAUCUUACACAACUAGAAAGAGUAUUACAAGAAGAAAAGAAAAAUAAUAGCAAAGAAAUUGAAAAAGGCUUAAAGCAGUUAAGAUAUAGACUUCAAACUAUUGAAGAUAACUACAAAUAUAUAUCAAACUUACCAGAUAAAGAGUUAGAAAGUCAUCUAGGAACAAAGAAUAAAGAUGUGAUUGAACAAAUAGAAGAAGAAUAUCAAUUUAAUAAAUACACAUUAUUAAAUAUGACAAAAGAAGAGUUCAAUCAAAUGCCACAAUGGGAACAACAAAUAGCAAUGAGAAAUUUCUUGAUAGGAUCAGAAUUCUUAAGUGAAAAAGUAAAAAAACAAUUUCAGGACAAGUACAAAGAACUACUAGCAUCAUCAUUAGAAAAUCAAGAAAAAAUGCAUGAUGAUGAUGAAGUAGAAAAAAGAUUUGUGAAAGACCAAAAACUAAUAAGAGGAACACCACAACCUGAGCCAUUCCCACCAGAGAAUGCUACUCAUAAUAGGUAUAUAUCAAAAGAAAAUACCUAUAGAAAAAGACCUGUAUCUCCAACUUCUAGUGAAGAAGACUUUAAUCUCAAAAGUAGAAACAUAGGAGAAUGGCUAAAGAGUCAAGCAAAAGAACCACCUAGGCCAAGCUCUCCAAUAAAAGACUUUGUAAAUAAAAAUAUUGUAGAUCCAAUAUUUAGAAGUACACAUGAAAGAAACAGUAAUACAUCAAGUCUACCAAAAAUAUCUUCUAGUUUAAAGAAUGAAAUAAAUCUAGAAGAUGAUGAAAAAGAAUUUAAACUUCAGAAACCACCUGUAAGAUAUAAAAGAACAAGAACAGUUGUAUCAACUGAUAUGAAUUUAUCAUCCACAAAUGGAGAUAAAUGGAAAAGAGAAAGAGAUAUUAGAAGAAAAUUCUUUCAAGAAACACAAUACCCUGUAGCAAGAAAUAGUGACUUAACAGAUGAACAAUAA